GAACAUUUUCUUCUUUAGUCAUUUUUUUUCUCUCUGCACAGUCGUUGACUUGUCUAUAAAUCGAUCACAAACAUCAAAGAAAACUCUCACACUUUCUUCACUUGUUACUAUUGUUCCUUAGAAAUUUAAGCAAUGGAUUGCAUAUACAAGAACCCAUCAGUUUCAAUUGAGGAAAGAGUAAAAGACUUGCUUUCUCGUAUGACAGUUGAAGAAAAGAUUGGUCAAAUGACUCAAAUUGAACGCACUGUUGCUACUCCUUCUGUUGUUAGGGACCUCUCUAUAGGCAGUAUACUUAGUGUCGGAGGUAGUGGUCCAUUUGAGGAUGCCCCAUCAGAAGCUUGGGCAGAUAUGGUUGAUGGAUUCCAAAAGGCUGCUCUGGAAUCACGGCUAGGGAUUCCACUUCUUUAUGGAGUUGAUGCUAUUCAUGGAAAUAACAAUGUCUAUGGUGCCACCAUUUUCCCACAAAAUGUUGGCCUCGGAGCCACCAGAGAUGCAGAAUUGGCUCAAAAGAUUGGAGCAGUGACUGCCCUUGAAGUCAGGGCCUGCGGCAUUAACUAUGAUUUUGCUCCCUGUGUUGCUGUAUGUAGAGACCCCAGGUGGGGAAGAUGUUAUGAGAGUUUUGGCGAAGACACCGAACUUAUUAGGGAGAUGACCUCAGUCGUCACAGGUUUACAAGGGAAACCACCUCCUGGAUACCCCAAAAACUAUCCUUUUUUAGCUGGAAGAGACAAGGUUGUUGCAUGUGCAAAGCAUUUUGUUGGAGAUGGGGGUACUGAUGGAGGUGUAAAUGAGGGAAAUACAAUAUCAUCAUAUGACGAUCUAGAGAGAAUACAUAUUGCCCCUUAUAUUGAUUGUAUUGCUCAGGGAGUCUGCACAGUCAUGGCAUCCUACUCUAAAUGGAAUGGAUGCCACCUGCAUGCUAGCCACUUUCUUCUUACUGAAGUUCUAAAAGGGAAGCUCGGAUUUAAGGGCUUUGUUAUCACUGACUCCGAAGCACUUGACCGACUUUCCGAUCCUUAUGGAUCUAACUAUGAUCAAUGCAUUUUGGCGGCAAUCAAUGCAGGGAUUGACAUGGUGAUGGUUCCUUUUCGGUAUCAAUUAUUUCUCGAUCAUUUUAAAUAUCUUGUGGAAUCUGGAAAGAUUCCAAUGACCAGAGUUGAUGAUGCUGUUGAAAGGAUCCUGAGAAUUAAGUUUGUUUCUGGAGCUUUUGAGUUCCCUCUGAGUGAUAGGUCAUUGUUGGAUACCGUUGGUUGUAAUCAACAUCGUGAAUUAGCACGUGAAGCAGUUCGAAAAUCGUUGGUUCUUCUGAAGAAUGGAAAGGAUGUAACAAAACCAUUUCUUCCGCUAGACAGGAAAGCAAAAAGAAUUCUUGUAGCAGGAAAACAUGCUGAUGAUCUUGGAUUCCAAUGCGGAGGGUGGACUAAGACAUGGGAAGGAAUGGGCGGCAGAAUCACGAUUGGUACAACAAUUCUGGAAGCUGUGAAAGCUGCUGUUGGAGGGGAAACAGAAGUGGUAUAUGAGGAAAAUCCGUCACCUGACACCUUUGCGAGUCAAGACUUCUCUUAUUCCAUUGUAGUUGUUGGUGAACCUCCCUAUUGCGAAAGCGGUGGAGAUAGCAAAGACCUCAGAAUUCCUCUUGGUGGAGAAGAACUAAUAAGCUUGGUUGCGGAUAGAGUUCCAACAUUGGUGAUAUUGAUUUCCGGAAGGCCUUUAUAUAUAGAGCCUUCACUUUUGGAGAAAAUGGACGCCUUUGUUGCUGCUUGGUUACCGGGCACUGAGGGAGCCGGUAUCACUGAUGUCAUUUUUGGAGAUUUUGAAUUCCAUGGAAGGCUCCCCAUGACAUGGUUUAAAAGUGUAGAUCAAUUGCCCAUGCAUCAAGAACAGAACUCGUAUGAACCUCUUUUUCCAUUCGGCUACGGGUUAACUAGUAACAACAAGGUACUCUAGAAGAGUUGUGUCAAAGAGAUAGACUUGUGAAAUAGACAUGUCUAUGAAACUGCAGGCUAUCAGAAAGAUCCUAUGUCCAUUCGGCUACGGGUUAACUAGUAAAAACAAGGUACUCUAGAGGAGAUGUGUCAAAAAGAUAGACUCAGUGAAAUAGACAUGUCUAUGAAACUGCAGGCUAUCAGAAAGAUCCUAUGAUGCUUCACUGUUCCCUUGGAUAUGUUGCAGGCCCGCAUUUGUCGCACUUGGGCUCUGGCAUAUGAUAUUUACAUUAAAGGCCAGAUAAUUAUGUAGUAGUGUUAUGGGCAAUUG